UCAAGCCUAUGACUGUAAAAGUAGUUUUGCUCUAAAAAGAGGCUUUAAGAGUAAAAAAAAUAGUUGCAGUAAGUGUCUGCUAGUCCUUUUUAAUGUGGAGUACUGACAGUUUCAGUGAAUAUUUCUGAGUAGCUUUCUUAAUUUUUUAACUGUUUGAUAGAUAAAUAGGUUAACUAGCUAAGUUACGCUAGUUAGCUUAGCUUAGCUAAGCUGAGCUAGUUAGCUCAGAGCGCUUAGCAACCGCGUUAGCGACCGUUAGCUUGUGCUUGAGUUUGUUUAGAGAAGCUCGACGAGCUUGGUGUCGCUGUGCUUUAGGAGAGCUGUUUUAUUGGUCGGAGUGACUGGAACUCAUCAGCCCGUGUGUAGCUGGAGCUGCGGCUAGCGGCGCGAGAGAGUGGGAUACCCGACUCCAGAGCUCCGUCAGCCAGAGCUGCAGCCUGAGGGAGAGAGAGCCGACUUUGAGAAGGAGCCAGAAAAGACUCAAGCAUCUCAUUUAUCAGAGGACCACACAUGGUGUCUUCCACAUAACUGGGACCGUUUCAAGGCUGCAGAUUAAAGAUGUGCUGGAAGAUUCCACCCAGUUGCUCAGCACACUUCAGUACUCUGGGCUCUGUGCCAUUCGGCCCUGCAGCUCCUUCACCUGGUCAGCUGUGAGUGUCAGUCUGGAGAUGUGUCAAGGAGUCUGUGUUGAGAGGGCUGAGGGGCUGCCUUUCUCUCUGGAACACAUGAAAUUCGGAGGCUCUCCUCCCCGAACACGAGCACAGCAGUCAUCGCAGCAGCGGUUGGAGAAACCCCCUCCCCACACAGCAACAUGGCCACAAUCGUAACCUCGACCAGGUUUACGGAUGAGUACCAGCUUUACGAAGAGCUCGGGAAGGGUGCCUUCUCCGUGGUGCGCAGAUGCGUGAAGAAGUCCACAGGCCAGGAAUAUGCUGCUAAAAUUAUCAACACAAAGAAACUAUCAGCGAGAGAUCAUCAGAAACUGGAACGAGAGGCCCGAAUCUGUCGCCUGCUCAAACACCCCAAUAUUGUCCGACUCCACGACAGUAUUGCAGAGGAAGGUUUUCAUUAUCUGGUCUUUGACCUUGUGACUGGGGGGGAGCUGUUUGAAGACAUCGUUGCCAGAGAGUAUUACAGUGAGGCUGACGCGAGCCAGUGCAUCAAUCAGAUCCUGGAGAGUGUCAAUCAUAUUCACCAGCAUGACAUUGUGCACAGAGACCUCAAGCCUGAGAACCUGCUUUUGGCCAGUAAGAUGAAAGGAGCAGCAGUGAAGCUAGCUGACUUUGGACUGGCCAUUGAGGUUCAGGGAGACCAGCAGGCAUGGUUUGGAUUUGCUGGUACCCCUGGCUACCUAUCUCCAGAGGUCCUGAGAAAGGACCCCUAUGGCAAACCUGUGGAUAUUUGGGCCUGCGGUGUGAUUCUAUAUAUUCUGCUAGUGGGCUAUCCUCCCUUCUGGGAUGAAGAUCAGCACAAGCUGUACCAGCAGAUCAAGGCUGGAGCAUAUGAUUUUCCUUCGCCUGAGUGGGACACAGUCACCCCUGAGGCCAAGAACCUCAUCAACCAGAUGCUGACCAUCAACCCAGCCAAGAGGAUCACUGCUGAGCAGGCCCUCAAGCACCCAUGGGUCUGCCAACGGUCAACAGUGGCAUCCAUGAUGCAUCGCCAGGAGACUGUGGAGUGCCUGCGCAAGUUCAAUGCCCGAAGAAAACUCAAGGGAGCUAUCCUCACCACUAUGCUGGUCUCCAGAAACUUUUCAGUGGGCCGGCAGCAUACCAGCCCUGCUGCUCCCACCACCAGCACUGCCGCGCUUGCACAGGAAGCAUGUAAAAGUUUACUCAACAAAAAGGCAGAUGGAGUUAAGCCUCAGACAAACAACACUAAAAACAGUGUAGUGAGUGCCGUAGUGAGUGCCCUGAAGGAGAGCAACUCAGCCUCCUCUACACCAAUGGAGCCACAGACCACAGUAGUGCACAACCCAGCAGAUGGCACCAAGGGCUCCACAGAGAGCUGUAACACCAAUGAGGAAGAGGAUAUGAAAGGUAGGAAAGCGGAGAGUGCUCAGGGGGCCAGCAGUGACAGUGCGGUGAUGAGUCAGUGCAGUGCCGGGGACGAGCCGCCCGCUCUGGUGGCCUCGCCACAGGCCUCUCCAGCCAUUCUGGUGCAUGACAAAAAGCGCAUGGCGUGGAACAGUUCAGGACACGCCUCGUGCCCAGAGUUAGAGUGUGCUCAGUCUGUUCCUCAUGCCACGACUCAGGGGGGCAGCAGUGUGUCUGCAUCUGCAGCAAGUGUGGUCACAGCCCAGUUUCGUAAGCAGGAGAUCAUCAAGAUAACGGAGCAGUUGAUUGAGGCUGUGAACAAUGGAGACUUUGAAGCCUACACGAGAAUCUGCGACCCUGGCCUGACUUCGUUUGAGCCUGAAGCUCUGGGUAAUCUGGUGGAGGGGAUGGAUUUCCACAAGUUUUACUUUGAAAACUUAUUAAGUAAGAACAACAAGCCAGUGCACACCACCAUCCUGAACCCCCAUGUGCACCUGAUUGGAGAGGAUGCAGCCUGCAUUGCAUAUAUCCGACUGACGCAGUACAUCGAUAGCCAGGGCCGUCCGCGUAGCUGCCAGUCUGAGGAGACUCGCGUGUGGCACCGCCGAGACUCCAAGUGGCUCAAUGUGCAUUUCCACUGCUCAGGAGCGCCAGCUGCACCCUUACAGUGAACCCUCCAGGACAAAGGCAGGUUGCUUGGAUUCUUGAGUGAUGGGAACGUUUCUUCUUUGUGGUCAGAUUGGACACAUAGAGGCCGGCUGGACGACAGCAAGCUACAGAACAUGCCAUUGAAGAAAUUCGGUAACAUCGAGUCCUACUGUCAACAUCACCUAUCCUGUUUAACCUUUGACCAAUAGGAACCGGCCGCGGCCCCACCCACGGGACGGUGCAUGCAUCUGACGCCCACAUGCGGGCGCUGUCUAGUCCUUUCCCAUGGAAUCAUCUUUUUGCCCGUUAAAGAUGUCUAGAAGGUGUUGUAAGUACUGAUCUAUGAAUUCAUAAAUAUGCUGUACAUUGUAAACAAACAAACAAAAAAAGACUAGAGAAAAACACCAGAAGCUACAAUCAAUUUUGAAAAGCAUUUAUGUAAGUAAAGUGGGACGGGGAGGGAAGGGGCAGUACAAAAUGAAAAAAGAGGGGGAAAAAAAAAACUUAAACCUAAACUGGUAAAGUUUAAAAGGGAACGAUCUUAAAUCCACCAUCUUGUACACUUUGUAGAUUUUUGAAUACGACCUGUUUAAAGAAUUAAGGGAAUGUCAACUAAUCAGAAAACGAGCGUCAUUAAAAAAAUCUGCAGAGUUUAAAAGUUCUUCAUAUCAAAAAGCACCAAAGUGUAGUCUUUAGGCUUUUAAAGGAGUGUUUCUGUGUGCGUUGUAUUUUAUUUUUUUUAUUGUUUUAAACCAAGGUCUGUGGGAAAGUUUGAGUGGUUCUGGGUUUUAGUAUUCUGUGUAAUGUGGAACUCUUUUUUUUUUUUUCCUUUUGGCUGAGGCUGUAUUGGACAGAUAGUAUCUUGUGUUAAACGAUUUGAAGUUUUAAAACUAAUUUUCAAGCUUUUUUUUAAUGGUAAACUUACUAUACGUGUAAAGUUCUAUAAAUAUAUAUUUAAAAGAAAUGAAGUGAAAUAAGGAACACCUCCAGGGGUGUGGGAAACGACUUUUUCAUGUGGAUCUGUUGUGUGUGCGUGCGUGCGUUUGUAUGAACUUGUUAUAAACCUUACACACCACACUAUUACCUUAGGCUUACCGUAGACUGCUCCACCUCUAGCUGAAUGAGUACAACAGUGUUUGAUAGCCCACAGAAGUGCACAGACUGCACUCUGUCUAAAAUAGCACUACUACUACUGCUAGUCAUAGAAAGGCCCUGUUCAUUAAUAGGAACACGUGUGCCUCCUAUUAAUGCCACACCACCUGCCUCUCAAAUCCCAUUUCCAGCUCGUUCACAAUUCAUGGUUGUUGUAGUAGUAAUAAUGCCAACCAUCAGGAGCUGUGGUAGAAACGUCAUCUAGAUGGUACCAUCGUAAGGAAAGGGAGGUUAGAGGGGUGUCAGUUUGAGGAUGGGCGUCCAGAAUGCUCAGAAUAGAGCCUAAAAUACAUUCCUGGGUUUAAAAAAAGAAAAAAAUGUAUGGAUGCAUGUUAGGGCUGGCUAGAUAUUUGCAAUAGAAAAUGUAUUAUGAUACAGGGGUUACAAUUCAGUAUAUUCCAAACGACACUACAUUUAAAUCUAAGUCAAACAAAAGUUAACUUUUUAUUCAAUCAGUAAUAACAAUGUGAUCUAAGGAGAGUUUAAAGCUGCCCUCUAGCAUUUAGGGUUUAAUCACAAUACAAAUCUAAUAUGUGAAACAAAAAUAAUUUAAAAUCAGUUCUAGGUUUUUGAAAAGCAAUACACUAUUGCAAACUCAAAUAUUGGGAUACUUUAAUAUCUAUUUUCUUACACUCCUAACAUAUGUUUGGUCAGAGUGAAUAGAGGCUGGAGCAUUGGCCAAGGAUAUGAAGCAUUCUUCUUGUGUGACAGACACACACACACUUUCUAUUUAGAUUAAUAGUGGACAACAAACACCCACACUCAGAUCCACACAUGCCUAUGUUACACAUGCUCUUACUGGAACUGUUAAAGUCUGUGACUGUUCUGCUCAUGGUGGUCUCGUCUGAAUCACUCUGUUCUAAAUGUGUUGUACUUGUGGUUCACGUUGGUGAUGGAUUCGUUUGCUCACUUGUUAAUAAUGCUGUGUAGUACACACAUGAAAGCCAUCAUUAACAUACAGAAAGAGGAAAAAAGAGCAAUGGCAAGUCUCCUCACCCUCACUUUACAUGAAAUAUUGACAUUUUCUCUUUUAGGAUCACUUACGGUUUUUCACGUCUUGUUUUUUUGCGGGUCUUAUUUUAAGAAGAAGAAAUACAGGGUUCAAAGCACUGGUGAAUUAAGGUGAACUAUGUAAUUGAAGCUUAUGGUUCUUAUUACAGCACAAUUAGCCUGUUCAAUUUCCAGUUUAGGUGACCAAUAGAGUAAACAUCUACAAAAUAAAACAACUUUGGAUAUAAAACAUAAGCUAAAUAAAAGUACUGUAAGUAAAGUACUGUAAAGUGUUCUGUACCCCCUGAAUAUAGGAUUUGUUCCCCUUAAAAAAAAAAAAAAAAAAAAAAUCCUUUAUAGGAGUGUAGGGCUUUGGUACAUAUCAGCACUGUAACUCUGCACGUGUGAGCGUGAAUGUGUGUGUGUAUGUGUGUGAGCUCAUCACAUCACAAAGCCCUCUUUAGUGUAGUUGUCAGACUCUGUGAUGCUGUUUUAAGCUUAUUUUUUUUUCUUUACAACUUUAUUCUUUUUGCGCUUUGGGGAAAUCACUGCCUUGCCUGGCUGAGUCAGAGUUACAUAUUUGUAAAUUAAUUCUUCUUCUUUUUUUUUUUUUUUAUCCAUUCAAGAGCUCUAUAGGAACUGAAAGGAAACGGAAAGAUGAACAACACAAAAGCAGACAAUAAACUGAUAGGCUGUUUAGACUUACAAAGCAAAAUCCCCCCUUUUCCCAAAGCUAGGAAUGAACCUUUGUCCAGGAUCUGCCCAUUACGAGGGAAAUCCUAAUAUGCAGCUUAAAUAAAAGGACGAAUAUGCAUGUCUACUUUUCUUGGUAAAUCUUUUUUUUUUCUUUUAACUGUCUGUGCUUACUUGAUUAAAAUGGGGUGGAAAUCUGUUCUAGUUGCAUCACUGAAAUGAAAACCACUCCACUGGGGGAUUAUAAUGUACCACAUUUAAAAAGAAAAAAGUACAAAAAAUAAAUAUAUAUAAUAAAAUGAAUCGAGUCUCAGCUUGGAAUGCUCCCCUCAUUCAGAGUAAAACUAUUGCAUUGUAAUGGUAUACUAUUGGGCUACGUAUAUACUCGGAGUUUAAACAUGGAUGCUGGAUUUUGCAUGAUCAUACAUUUAAUAAAACCAUGAAUUGACAACUAUCAAGUGUUUGUCUGAAUGUUAGUUCAUCAUAGCUUUGUUAUUAUUGGAACUUGGAUCUUGGACAUAUUUAAUAAAAAGACCAUUUCAGCA